GUCUGGCUGGAAAAGCAUUUUAUUUUUAUUGCCAGGUUGUACGAGUGUGUUGGUGACAUGUUCUUGGUGCGGGGUAGGUGUCACUCCCACCAAUAUGUUUUAAUUAUGCAGAUCAAGUCAAGUAUAUAUUACCCUUCCAUCAAGCAUUGUCCCAUUGCUUUAAAUGACAAUUCUAUUUCAAUUCACUCUUUUCACUCAUACAAUAAGUGAUCCUUCAGGAUGGCUUCCUCUUCUCGUUGGACUGAUCUAUCGGAUCAACUUCAUUCAACUCUUCCAGUCUUUGACGAGCUGAUUAACAAAGACCCUCAAUAUAAUGCUUUUGUAAAGACUCCAGCGAUUCUUCAUCAAAUUACCUUUGGAAUUGGUACAUCAACCUCAAACGAUAUCAUCAUUGUUGUCAUAGAUAACGGUAAAUGCCAGGCGAGAGUUGGUACGGCCCAGGAGGCUUCGUUCAUACUAUUAGCAUCACUUAAGCAUUGGGAGCAAUUCUUUCAACCUAUCCCAGUAGCUCCCUUUCAAAGCUAUUGGGGUAUGUUUGGGAUGAACAUCAAGCAAAAAGAUAUCGAGAUUCAAGGAGAUCAAAUAUCUUUCACUCAGCAUACUCAUAUCUGGAGACGAGUUCUUGAAGUCCUUCAUGAUGCAUAUUGCGGGCCGAUGAAAUUAGAUGAAGAACCUGAAGUCGACGAGGAUCAUGUCAUUGGUCGUUAUGUAUACUUGGACAUCCCAACAUGGGGAAGGUGCAAGGUUUUCUACGAACAAAGCGGUUCUGGGAAACAAGACAUAGUUUUCCUCCACACUGCCGGUGCAGACGGUCGGCAAUAUCAUGGGGUUAUGAAUCAUAACGUCAUGCGUGAGGAAUGCAAUAUGAUAGCUUUUGAUCUACCAGGUCACGGGAAGAGCUACCCUCCUCCAAAUCACUGUCCUGGUGACUAUACAAACACUGAAGACACUUAUGUUGGUGCUAUCACCGCAAUAGUCAAGAAACUAAAAUUGAACAAACCCAUAAUAUGCGGGGCAUCCAUGGCCGGUCAAGUAUGUCUGGCUGUAGCAACUAGAGCUGACGAAGUUGGUGCCGGUGGAACAAUUCCACUCCAAGGCUGCGAGUAUCUCAACAUGGAUCGUCAAUUCAACGACCAGUCACCCUACGUCAACCAAUCGCUCUUCAACCCAGAAUGGGUAUACGGCAUGAUGUCACCAACCACUCCUCUCGCCAACAAACAACUCAUCUGGCACAUGUACAGCGCAUCCGCCUACGGAAUCUUCCACGGCGACCUCGACUUCUACUUUGGCGGUUUCGACGGCCGCGCCAGAGUCUCCAGCAUCGAUACCAAAAAAUGUCCAGUUUUCAUGCUGACUGGCGAUUACGAUUGGAGCAAUACACCUACCGUGGCUCAAGCAACUUGUGACAAGAUUCCAGGCGCGAAACACAAGGCUAUGCCUGACAUUGGACAUUUUCCAGCGACGGAAAAGCCGCAGAAAUUUGUGCCGCAUCUUUUGGAGGCGAUUGAGUGGAUUCGUAAUGUGAGGAUGCGGAAUGGAGGGGGGGAUGUGGAGGUAAAUGGUUUGAGUGGAAGAUCGUAAUACGCGUUGAGUUGCUCAUUUAAUAUAACGCGGAGAAAGCAAUUAUAUAUUUGUCCCAAAAUAUAUUCUAUUGAGUAUGCAGCUUCCUCACAAUCAUGUUUCACGUGUAUCUUUAUUUUUCUUUUUGCUUUUUUCCUUUUCAAAACUUCCAGUAUCUGUACAAAUUAAGUAAAUCUCGAGAUAAAAGUACAAAGAGAAGUUUCUACAUCUCAAUUAUAGAUUAGUUCUUCCUAAGACCUAUCCAUACAUACAUACAAUAACA